AUGGGUCGAAGCUUGUCACGUUCACCACCUCCCUACAGAAGAAGACAUUCUCGAUCUCGAUCUCCGUCUCCAUCUCAUCGCCGAAACCGACGCCGCCGUAGACACAGAAGCAGAACCUCUUCUUCACCCUCUCCUCCACCCAGGUCACGCACUCCCUCUCUCAAACACAAAAAACACCAUCCACCAACCCUAAACAACAAAAGUAACAAGGCUCCAUCUGAGGAGGAUUUGGAACUCUUGGAAGAAGAUGCUGCAAGAAGAAUAGAAGAAGCUGUUCAAAGAAAUGUCGAGGAGAGGCUUAAGUCAGAGGAAGUUAAGUUAGAAAUAGAAAGGCGCAUAGCAGAGGGAUUGAAGAAGAAGUUUGAUGAUGUUGAAAUUCAACUUCAAAAAGAAAAGCAAGAAAUGCUUGCUGAAGCUAGAAGAAAAGAUGCACAAGCUCAAAAAGAGAGAGAAGAGCUGGAUAAGAUGCUUGAAGAGAAUAGGAGGAGGGUGGAAGAGUCUCAGAGAAGAGAAGCUCUAGAGUUACAACGGAAGGAAGAGGAACGGCAAAGGGAAUUAGAGAUGAUUCGGAGACAGAAAGAAGAGUCUGCUCGGAGAAAGAAACUCGAGGAGGAAGAGCAUGCUUAUCAAAACAAUUCUAUGGGCAAGAACAAAUCUAGGGCUAACUCUUACGGUUUGUAA